AAAGAGACCCACAAUUAAAACAGUGUGGUUAGAUUUUUUUAACUCUUUAUCUUCGUAAUCUGCUUCUCUUARAGACCAUUUUCGGAUGUUUUUGAAAGCCCUAACCCCCAAUGACGAUUACCAAACAGUGGUUGGUAAAACUACUAGAAAACCUCACUUCCCAAAAUUCAAAUUCCUUGCAUUUACGUAAUGUUCUAAGCCAGACGGACCGGUGUAUAUAUAGAGAGCCCAGACGUCUUAACAGUUCAGUUUAUAAAGAUGRAUGGGAUCAAUGCAUACCCGAAGUGGAUGUUGACCAUAAUUGUAAUAUUGAAMUUGCAAGCAUCCAUUGACUUAGCUCAAGGAAAUCCUACAGUACAAAACARUGUUUCAUUACGAUGCCCGCGAACACGAUCAUGCCAAGGACGAUGUAAGGAUAAAGAGAUGCUUGACACAGGAAAAGCUUCAGACCGGCACAGUCACUGCCAUUGCGAYCUCUCUUGUUCAAAAUACAACGACUGUUGUCACGAUAUUCUAACAGCUUGUCCGAAUCGAACAUCUCCGAAGCUACCAAACAACCAAAAGUUAUCCUGUCUAAACCUUACCGACGACGAACCGCAUUACUGGAUGUUGGGCCAUUGUCCUCCGACCUAUAAGGACAAGGCAGUACGCGAGAAAUGUGAAAACAAWGAUGAAUUACGAGCUGAAACGUUUUUCGAACAGAUCCCAGUGUAUGAUAUGAUUUCAAACAAUUCGCUGUUCAAGAACAUUUGGUGUGCAAAAUGUCACCUAGGGCGAACGAACUGGAUUCUUUACUUYAAACUCAAGAUAAAAUGCAACGUUCGUCCUCCGAAGGRAUUCAACUCAACGCAAACCUUGAAAUACAUGAUAAAACACUGCGACARGAUACAAUUUAAGUUACCUAGUAAAUCAGCUAGGAGGUUCUGUUUUCCUACCAUUGACUCUUGCCCCGCGAGCGCRUCCGCCGAGGAGCGAAAAGCGUGCCUUGAGAGCCCCGCUAGUGUUGUUUUCAGCCGUUCUCAAGGWAAAAACUACCGAAGUAUGGAGUGUAUGGCUUGUAAUGUGAAUGCCAGCGUACUUCGCAAAGCKGAGUGYGGACCACAGGCCGGCGGAGGCAAUUUAUUCAAUCCAAGUUCGUUUGAAGUUGURAUGACUUUYAUAAAAUCGCCUUUUGGAGAGGAAAGUAAAAUCGUCRAUGUGAAAACUACAGAAACAUGUAAUAAAGCAAGGCAUGUAUACGAUGGGAGACUGGAAAUGUGCCGCAAGGCUCUGAUCGCGCCGACMAAGGGAGUCACCGAUAAGGUGCAAUUCAAAAUAUGGCUAAGCCCUCUCGAUGGCAAGAAACCCGUUAACUUUUCCAGUACGGAAUUCGUSCAGGUACUCGCGCAUCGAUUUGUUCCUCUUGACGCUGACCAGAUGGACGUGCUGUCAGUUCAAGUAGAAGACAAAACAACAGCUGUUUUGUUUAAUCUCCGUGCAAAGCAUCAUGAUGUCAGCCAACUGAAUAAAASUAAAGAUACGCUUGGUUUGGACAGGCUUUUUAAAUUUGACAAGCCUUUCAAGUUAAAUCUGGUUAACCGACCUUGGCUUGUGUUUAAGGUCAACUCGCGUCGUCUAUCCUGCACUCAYAAAGAGGAGUUUCCAGCAACGGUCUUCAAACCAUUACCAAACAACGAUACCAAAACGUUUAAAGUUGAAAUAGACGGAAAGAUUCGGUUAAUACCAAAAAACCAGGUCUACACUUACCAAGCCAAGAAUGCAACUGGUUUAGGUCAAAUGACUUUCGUUGUCUGCAGAUCAUUAUUCACCGUACUGUGCAAUCACUCCAUGCUGGCAGUGGUCGAUAAGGAAUACACCAUCUUUAAAAACAAGAGCCUGCUGUUCAAACCCACUGGUCAGUGGUAUAAYGAGGGAGAGUAUGAUACAAAGGGUAACACUACCUGGAUUUGUACAAACUAUACCAUCAGUAAGCACAAAGAUUCAAAAGACAACUCCACAGAUACUCCAGACAAAUUCAAGUUCAAAACUGAUAUUCACUUCACUAUACGCCGCUACAUGACAAUCGUUGGUCUCUCUAUCUCAGUGAUAUCCCUCUUCCUCGUUCUUUUGACUCAUGGGAUACUCCGUGAUCUAAGAGCGCCGCUGCCCGGGAAAAACCUCAUGAGCCUGUCGUUGUCUCUGUUUCUGGCGCAUUUCUGGUACUUACUCGGUUCCGGGGAUACAGAUAAACCAGUUUUUUGUAGGUUCACUGGGUGCUUUUUACAUUACCUGUUUUUGGUUACGUUUGGAUGUACUUUCAUUGUGGCUUAUGAUACAAGGCGUACUUUCUCUGCUAAGACAGGCAAAGCUCAUGGACUUGGCGGGUACUUCCAGAACAGGCGACUAGCUGUUUAUUUGUUGAUAUCCUGGGGWAUYCCUUUAAUCUUCGUYACRAUAUGYGCAAUCCUUGAYGGCCUAGAUGUUGUUAACAUUGGUUACGGCAAAGGGUUGGCAUGUUGGAUAGGUAACCCGACUGCUUUACUCAUCGUGUUCGCUACUCCURUCGGRUUAGUGCUUGUUUACAACGUUGUGGCUUUCUCGCAGACUGUCUACGCGAUCAACAGUGCUAGAAAACACGGACAGCGUGUCAAGUCCAAUCAUUACACACGACCUGCUGUAGUCAAGAUCUACAUGCGCUUAACUUCCUUGAUGGGUUUCUCGUGGUUCUUUGCGAUCAGUGCCCCGCUUAUCCAUGACGGUCUCAUGUAYCCGUUCGUCUUCUUCACCACUUUACAGGGGCUUUAUAUUUUUCUGGCCUUUGUGUUUAAAACCAAAGUUUUGCGCAUGAUCAAGGCAAAAUUACCGCUUGAAAACCGAAGGCCUUCUUCGUCUUCCUCUUCAUCACGCCGAGUGACAAAGGGGACAAUGUCGACAAUGGCGGACACUACGCCUUAUAAUAAGUAUAUGUCGUCACCUAAAGACGACACUCAAAUCUAAACAGUUCAAGUUACACUGUAGGAAUAACAAUAGUCGAAAUAAUUUCUACUAUGCUUCCGUCCAAGCAAGCAUGCGAACGAGGGUCACUCCAUCUCGUACCCAGUUUCCUCUCCCUUGUUUUCACUAAUCGCCCGUCAAUUUUGAACGGUUGAUUAAAAAAAGAAAAAUUCUUGAUAAAUAAUUGAAUUGCAUGGAAAUUUCCUUGCUCUCAUAAUUCAUACUGUUGAAAGUUUCAAUAGACUGCUAAAGCUUUUACAUCACCUACGUGGUUUGCAAUGCAUUGUGGGAUCAAUUUCUGGAGAAAACAAGAUCCGCCAUGUUUUUGGUUGCAAAGAUAUCCUACAAUGCAUUGCGUAUACGGUUUAUGACGUAAAAGCUUCAGAGGUCUUGCACAAGGGAGCACGCGACUUCUUGGAUGGCCAGCUGGCAUAGCAUUAGAUCAGAGUAAGAUGAUCGAGUCAGUGUUUAAUAUGAAAACAAUAUUAUAGGAAUAAAUCUAGAAAAUACACACUCGCAAUAAUGAAAUGACUACAAAUACUACGGCAACAUGUUUUCAAAAUCGCUCUGCCCAUGCCCUUCUCUGCUGUUUCCUUCCGAGGCUACAAAAGGGCAUGGGUCGAGCCUUAAAUAUUAUUCAUGAUUACAUUUUUCGCGUUUCUAUUUAUAGUUCAUAGUAAUCAUAAAAAUCAAGUGAACAGCAAUAGAAAUUGUAGAUAUCAUUGUAAAUAAAUGUGGACAGUAUCUAUUAAAUAGUUGCAUUAAAUAUGGAUUGUCAUAUGAUUACAUUUGAUGAAAAUUGAUGUAAUAAUAAUGUUGUAUAUUGAGUUCGACUCUUACUCGAACUCAAUCCCGAACUCGUUGUCAAAUCUAUAUAGUUACCUAAUGCUCUAGUAGUUGAAUAAUGAGUUAGGUACUGGAAUGGUGUGGACUCUUAAUACUCGUACUCGAUCUGGAACUCGUCAAAUCUAAAGUUCCCUAAUACUAGUAACUUCAUUGGGGAAAGUAAAAGAACCAAUUAGGACGGGACAAACCCAACAUUAUUAGGCUUACUAUAAAGUAAAAAACGCUGACUACGCUUCUACUGACCAUUCAAUAGAAAGGGUAUUCUUUGUGAAUUAUUUGACGU